AUGGAGUGUCAUUUUCGGUUUCACAAGCUCGGUCGGGUUAGAGCGAGAUGGGUUUUAGUGGUUUUGUUGGUGGCUGUUACUCAUUUGUUGUUUCAGUCCCUCCUGCUUCCAUAUGGAAAGGCCCUUCGCUCUCUAUUGCCCGAGAAAGAUGAUCCGAGAGAUGUUAACUAUGCCGCCCGAACUGCUCGUAUUUCCACCAAGUACGCGGUGGUUCGCAACCCUCUUACAGUUAAUGCUUCGGAAUUGAUCGACACAUCUACAUCCGAUGAUCUUGAUGAUGGAGGAGAUUUAGGGAGUGAUACUGGAGGAGAGGGAGAUGACAGGUUUGAGGAGUUUGGUUUUACGUUGGACGAAGAAAAAGGCCUUCAUAGGACUUCUCAAGAUCUUGUGGAUAGAUAUGUUGAUGACACUUUGAAUUCUGCGGAUAAACCUGAAAGUUUGGCGCUCAUAAGCAUGAAAAAUGAGGAAAAUGAUUUUGUUUUGAGUAAAGCCAGUAAAGAUAGGCGGGGCUUUCCUCUUGAUCAGACUGCUGUGGAACCAAAUAUAGAAAUGUCUACCGAAAAUAUUCGAACGGAGAACAUAGAUCUAAGGUUGAAAAAGUCUGACGGUGGUUUAGACAGUCCUUUUCAACCCUCUCCACUUGCAUCAUCUGCAGAUGCUUUGGUCAAUGCCUCAUUUUCGACAACCUCAACAUCUUCCGUUUCUGAGCAAAGUGGCCUUCUUAUUACGAAUAACCAUUCUGCAAUUGCGACUACUCCAGGAGUAAAGAAGAUGAGGUGUAACAUGCCACCAAAGUCAAUAACAACAUUUCAGGAGAUGAACCAAAUAUUAGUGAGGCACCGCGCAAAAUCACGUUCACUGAGACCACGAUGGUCGUCUGUACGAGACAAGGAGAUUCUAGCCAUGAAGCCACAGAUUGAGAACGCUCCCCUUGCGAUGAAUGAUCAAGAACUUUAUGCUCCUCUCUUUCGAAAUGUUUCCAUGUUCAAAAGGAGUUACGAACUCAUGGAGCGCACGCUCAAAGUCUAUGUCUACAAGGAUGGGGACAAACCUAUCUUCCAUCAACCAAUAAUGAAGGGAUUAUAUGCUUCUGAGGGAUGGUUUAUGAAAUUGAUGGAGAGAAAUAGGCGUUACGUUGUCAAAGACCCUCGCAGGGCUCAUCUGUUUUACAUGCCAUUCAGCUCGCGCAUGCUAGAACACGUCCUCUACGUACGCAACUCCCAUAACCGGACAAACCUGCGCCAAUAUUUGAAGGAAUACUCAGAAAAAUUAGCAGCAAAGUAUCCUUACUGGAAUAGGACUGGUGGAGCAGAUCAUUUUCUUGUUGCUUGCCAUGACUGGGCUCCAUAUGAAACAAGGCACCACAUGGAGCGUUGCAUGAAAGCCCUUUGCAAUGCUGAUGUGACCUCGGGCUUCAAAAUUGGAAGGGAUGUCUCUUUUCCAGAAACAUACGUCCGGUCCGCAAGGAAUCCUCUUAGAGAUCUUGGAGGGAAGCCUCCAUCUCGGAGGCACGUUCUUGCCUUCUACGCUGGAAACAUUCAUGGCUACUUGCGCCCAAUCUUAUUAAAGUACUGGAAGGAUAAAGACCCUGACAUGAAGAUCUUUGGUCCAAUGCCUCCUGGUCAAAUACUGUAUCUGCCCCAAGGGGUACGAGGUCAAUAG